AUGAAAUGCCCACAUGCAUUCUACGCAAAUAUCUCCAUACCGCCUACUGCCUACGGCCGCAUGGUCACCGGUAGAAUCACGUGUGCUCGCUCGCGUCAUACACUAGAGGUCUCACCGAAAGAUGAGCAAGCCGAAGCAAGAAUAGAAAAUUACCGAAUAGCUAUGCUCGGAGUACUUCAAAAAUCUGCCGUGGACUAUUCAAAACCAGGAGAGGAAGGCCAAGCAACGCAGCUAGUACAAAAUUUCAUCAUGCUAGCAACCACUCUAGCUAAUUCAAAGGCAUUAGCUUUCCCUCUCAAGAUCAAAGGGGCCAUUGAGAUUCCAAACUAUGCAGAUUCGCCUUUGGCCAAUGAUGAGAAUUGUAGGGGGACUGAAGACUCUAGAGAGACAGCGGGAAGCGAUUCUGACGUUGAGAAGUCAGAUUCGGACCGCUACCGGUAUGAGAAACUUCACGACUCAUGGGAACAAGACAACCCUAUGAGUAUGUUAGAUUACGAGACCAAGGGUACCCAGAGAACCGUCCCACAACAACUACUUGAAAGCAUAACGCAUCCGCUAUCGAUCGCGCUUAUCGCAUAUCACUUUGGCGGUCCCGUAAACGCAGCUCACAGUGCACGCAAACACUUUUGGAGAUGUUUUCCCGGUACAGUAGCCACUGUUCCCGAAUUUCACGUGGAAGGUGGCACUGAUGAAGUGUUGAAUGAGAUUCGAGUGACGGCUGUAUGGGAGGAACAAGAUCAGAGAGUAAUUCGACCGUCGGGCAAACACAAUGUCUUCUUGUCGGGGGACGCGACACCUUCUCCACUGGGAUUUUCAAUACCCAAGGAUGUAAAGGACCUCGAUUCGCCCCUUAAUAUCAUCUACGAUCACAGAGACGCGACUCUAUACUACGAUUGUCAGGAUCCAAAUGUAGUGCGCAACAGUGUCAGCCUCGAUUUUCACCUCAACACCCUGACGGCCGAUAUAUUGCAGCUAUUAUCGGCUGAGAUCGAUGAGCAAGAUAUCGAGAAGCUCACUCUGACGACAUUGAUCACCGAGUUUCCUAUAGUUAACUACACCGCCCACUUUCAACGUCUCUUGUACAGCACGGAUGCCAUGACCACAAUAAUCCAGAAACUAGCAAGUCUCCAGGUACCUAUUGCACCACCGACAUGUGACCGAUCUCAGCAUGAGAUGUUAGCGCGUUUCAAGGCCUAUAACAAAGAUAACGGCCUUCGGAUUCCCCUAUCGAUAUCAAGUAUGCCAUCUGACAUACCACUUACAGGACGUUAUGCUUCACCGACCAGUUUUCUGGAUAGCGUCAGCCUUAAAGCCCAGCGUGAUAUCCGUCGACCCAUCGGUCACGAUCUAUUCCCGCAAAGGGCAAUGGACCAGAAGAGAGAGAGUGCACGUAAACUCAUCCGAGACUUGCCAGCAGAGCUCGUUUCAUCACAGCUGGCGAAUUACGCCAAUUCGCUGGUACUGACGUCCUACAAUGGCAAUGAUCUACUCACGACAUGCAGAAUACGUGCACUAGCUACAAAUAUGGAAAUGCGCUGCCAUGAACUUGUUGCAUUAGGCUUCGUGGACCACAAUGUGGACAUGUCUUCGAUGGCUGCAUUAGCAUCUGCAUUGGGUGCUGCUAUGGACGGGCUCAAAGAAAUACACGUCAGUCCUGAGCCAUGGGUUGAAGAAGCAGAUCUGUUAAUGUAUCGCACACGAUGCUUGUACCUGUUCUGGUGCAUUGAUUGGUUCGUAUGCUAUCUUGUCAGGCCCACAGAAGGAUCCUUCAUGUUGCUUGAUGCGCAAAAGCUUUCACGGCAUUUGAACAGGGUCAGGGGAGAAAUGAUCCAAACUGCUCAUCUUUUGCUGCGAAAUUGGGUGGCAUGGGGCAUGUUCAUGGAGGGUCUACCACAAGGAGGCUUUUUUGUUCGACAAUCGGCUGAAACCGGCAAGUCGAAUUUGGACCUUGAAUCAUAA